CAGCCGGCGUCUGGAGACGAGGUGGAGCGGCCAGGCGGGGCAGCUUUGGUGUUGCUUCAUUGUGUCAGGCCAGGCAACGCCUGGGCACGGAGCCUUUGUUUUGGGGGAGGGGGCCGUGGCCAGCUCUUUAUCUCCUGCCCUGCUUUGUGGGCCGAGCUCGCUCCCCGCGCCGGAGUGCACACGUCCCACCCUCUCCGCAGUCCUGGAGAGGUUCCCCUGCGUCCUUUUCCGUCUCCUCUGCGGAGCAGCCGGGGCGCGGGGCGAGCAAGGCUGGGCCAGCGGGGUCAGCGCGCGGGCUUCGGGGCUCGCGCCUGGCGGGUGCUCGGCUCCCCAAGCGCCUCUUACUAGUUGGUGGGCCUGCAGGGUGACGCCUCGUUCUCCGGCCAGGUUCUGGCGCCUGAAUUCUUUCGGAACUUUAUCUUUUUUUGUUUGUUUGUUUGUUUGUUUUGCCUUUGCGUCCUUACUUGGCGAGGGCGUUUGCUGGGCCCGCCUUUUGAGCGUGCAAACCACAACACCCUAUGCUGAUUUCUGUGUCACUUAUUCUUAAUGCUCAGGAAACGCUUCCGGAUGUCCAACCAAGGUUUGAAGGACAACUUUAGGGUGUCGGUCCUUGCCUUGCUACCUUGUUGGAGACAGUCUCUUCACUGCUGCAUUUGCCCCCCGACUUCCAGGGAUUCCCUGCUCGUCUGUCCAUCGAGGCGUGCUGUGACUUACAGGUGCUCACGACGGCGUCCCUGCUCUCACCGCUGCGCCCCUUUCUUGUGAUUUAGCUCUCAGACCUUUCAGUCAGGAGAUACGAAGAUUUCCAAAAGGAGACCAGAUCCUCGGAUGAGCUCCCUCACAGAGAGAUGAAGGGGCAGCAGAAAACAGCUGAAACCGAAGAGGGGACUGUGCAGAUUCAGGAAGGUGCAGUGGCUACUGGAGAGGACCCAACUAGUGUAGCCAUCGCCAGCAUCCAGUCAGCUGCCACUUUCCCCGAUCCCAACGUCAAGUACGUCUUCCGAACUGAGAAUGGGGGCCAGGUGAUGUACCGGGUGAUCCAGGUGUCUGAGGGGCAGCUGGAUGGCCAGACAGAAGGCACUGGUGCCAUUAGUGGCUACCCUGCCACUCAGUCUAUGACCCAGGCAGUGAUCCAGGGUGCUUUCACCAGUGAUGAUGCAGUUGACACGGAGGGAACAGCUGCUGAAACACACUAUACUUACUUUCCCAGCACUGCAGUGGGAGAUGGGUCAGGGGGUACCACGUCUGGGAGUACCACUGCUGUCGUUACCACCCAGGGCUCAGAGGCACUGCUGGGACAGGCAACCCCUCCCAGUACAGGUCAGUUCUUUGUGAUGAUGUCGCCACAAGAAGUACUGCAGGGAGGGAGCCAGCGUUCAAUUGCCCCCAGGACCCACCCUUAUUCCCCGAAGUCAGAGGCUCCCAGGACAACUCGGGAUGAGAAACGCAGGGCUCAGCAUAAUGAAGUGGAGCGCCGCCGCCGGGACAAGAUCAACAACUGGAUUGUGCAGCUGUCCAAAAUCAUCCCAGACUGCUCUAUGGAGAGCACCAAGUCUGGCCAGAGUAAAGGUGGAAUCCUAUCCAAAGCCUGUGAUUAUAUCCAGGAGCUGCGGCAGAGCAACCACCGGUUAUCGGAAGAAUUGCAGGGGUUAGAUCAGCUGCAGCUAGACAAUGAUGUGCUUCGGCAACAGGUGGAAGAUCUUAAAAACAAGAACCUGCUACUACGAGCUCAGUUACGGCACCAUGGAUUAGAGGUCGUCAUCAAGAAUGACAGCAACUAACUGUGGGGAUGCAGGGGCUUUGGGCCCUAGAACUGCAGAGAGCCUGGGAGCAACAGGCUGAACCCACGCCCCUUCCCUUCACUGCCAACUUCUGGCGUGUAGCGGGGAGUCUGGCAAGCGUGUGUGUUAAACACGAAGUGGACCUGUCCUGACAGCCUCGCCUGCUCCCGCUGUGUGGUCCCCGUGCCCUGUGCUCCUUUGCACACUGCAUGUGCCGUAUCCAUGGACACUGGACACAUGAAAUCUGGGCUUGCCUUGUGCUUGCUUAGAGUGCCCAGCAGAGGGUCCGUGGACACUCUGUGGGUUUAGCACUUCUACUGGUUCUUCCUUUCCCUGGAGCAGGAGCUAAGAUAUGCACCUGAUUACUCUGGGGAGCAGGCUUAUUCGGAGAUGGGGGAAGGAUGCUAAGUGGCUGCUAUCCCAUGAGUAGUCGAGGGGCCAGUGUGCAGCUGGGGCUUCUGCAGAAGUCUCUGAAGCCAGGGAGAAAGAUAGGCAGGGGCUCACCGAGAGCCUUCCCCUUCUGGGGGUGGUUCUUUUUAUUUCUUUCCUU